GCGCCGUCUCAUCCCGCGAGCGCGGAGCGGCGAGCCCGGCGCGGCCAUGGGGAGUGGGAUGAGCCAGAUCCUGCCGGGCUUGUACAUUGGCAACUUCAAAGAUGCAAGAGACGCAGAACAAUUGAGCAGGAACAAGGUGACACACAUUCUUUCUGUGCAUGACACUGCCAGGCCCAUGUUGGAGGGAGUUAAAUACCUGUGUAUUCCAGCAGCAGACUCACCAUCUCAAAACCUGACAAGACAUUUCAAAGAAAGUAUUAAAUUCAUUCAUGAGUGCCGACUGCAGGGUGAGGGCUGUCUUGUACAUUGCCUGGCUGGGGUCUCCAGGAGUGUGACCCUGGUGAUCGCAUACAUCAUGACUGUCACUGACUUUGGCUGGGAAGAUGCCUUGCACACCGUUCGUGCAGGGAGGUCCUGUGCCAACCCCAACCUGGGCUUCCAAAGGCAGCUGCAGGAGUUUGAGAAACAUGAAGUGCACCAGUAUCGGCAAUGGCUGCGAGAAGAGUAUGGAGAGAACCCCUUGCGGGAUGCAGAAGAAGCCAAAAAUAUUCUGGGUAAAUAUAAAGAGCAAGGGCGCAUGGAGCCCCGGCCUAGCAGCAGGCGGUGGAGCAGCUUUUCAGCCCUGCCUCCUCUCGCCUACAAUAACUACACAACAGAGACCUAACAAAGAGAGAGAGCUGGUGUUUGCCUUCCUGCUGCGGGUCUUCUGGGCGGCCUACCAUGUGCUUGUGUGCCUGGGGUGCUGGCUCCUGCCUCUGAGGACAACAGGCGAGCUGGAACACUCAGGGCUCCUUCCCAGAACCCCGCCCUACUCAGCCUUUUUCAUUCCCCCAUCUUUGCCCAAUCUUUUCCUCACCUGAACUUUCCCAGCCUGGGAUGCUGCCCGGCCACUGUGUAUUUCUCAUAUGUAUGCAAGAGCGUGGAUGUGUAUGUAUGUGUGUAAGAGUGUGCACAUACACCUACAAAUGUUUGCGUUGUGAACGAGUACACCUGUAAAUGUGUCUUUGCAUAUGGGAACUGAGUGUUUAUGGUGCUGAAAGUUUUAAACCCCCACUGUCAGAACUGCAGUGGUCACAGUGUUCAGUCCACAUGGAAGUCAUUUGAACUUGGCCUCUGAAAAGCUUCUCACCAAGUAUCAGCCUGUGCCUGUGGUGAAUGAGAACUCAGGGCGUGAGCAGCUGGAAACAGUGGUGGUCCACAUCCUGAGAUGGUACAGAAGAAGGGACAGGACCCUCCAGAGGAAGGGUGGCAUAAUCCCAGAAAGUUUUAUGUAUAUGGGAACAGAGGAGGGGCUUUCUGAGCGUAGUCUUGGACUUGAUAAGUAUACCAGACCUCAGCCUUGCCAGCCCGUCAUGUCCCUGAGUUCCACUUGGUGCCUGCUCUGUGUGGGACUAGUGUCAUUUGACUUCCAUGUUGAUAUGGUAUGGUGACAGGGAGGAUCUGAGACACGGUAGCCCUAUACCAGAGGUCUGGCCCACCUCCUGUCUGCUUUUACACACUUCAGCCUCUGGCUAGCCUCAUGUUGCAGGGGUCUCAUCUCAGGUUUGCAUGUACCUGCAGGAACUGGAAAGAAAGAAUAGUUAUUAAACCCCAUAGAAGUUUGUGAUUUAAAAUGCCUAAGCAUUCACUGAGCUCAGUGUUGUAUGCUGUGGACUUGACCUUUGACUCAGCUACCUCAUGAGGUUCGUUCCUUCCUUCCUUCCUUCCCCUCUCCCCCCCUUCUCUCUCUCUCUCUCUCUCUCUCUCUCUCUCUCUCUCUCUCUCUCUCUCUCUCUUUCUCUCUUGUUCCUUCCUUCCUUCCUCCUUCCCUCCUUCCUCCCCUUCUUUCAUCCUUCCUUCCUUUCUUUAAGGCUGGAGUUUCUUUGGUACCCCAGUCAAUUCUGCUUCAUAGUUGAAAAUGUUUGUCAUGUGGCUUUUGUAUUUGAAACCAAAGAGAAAAACAUACUUAUAUCAUUGAGUGAUUUAAAAUUUGCAGUUUGGCUUCCAUAAAGUUUUCUAGUGGGUCAAACCCCACAUUCUGUCCUUGAGAGCUCCGUAGCUCAGAAUUUGUGGCAGCAGGCACCCAGGAAGCUCUACACAGUCCAGUGUCCAGUCCUUUAUAACCAAUUCACAUUUCUUAAGCAUGCAGAACCAUGCAAAUGAAAAUUUCACUCAACCUCUCCCUAAAGAUACCAGGCUUCUCUGAAGCUUAAGAAGCCCUGGAGUAAGAAGCAGCAGUUUUCCUGUAUGUAUGGAGCCCUUUGGGGCCCAGGGAAAGUGAGGUUGCCAACUCUCCGUGUGUACAGGCCGUGCCAAGCAAUAGCAUGGGGAGUGAAGCCUGAAUAUGUGUGUACAUGUGUGAACAGCUACAUAUGUCUCCAUAGGUUCUCAACUGUCUUAAUUUUUGUUGCCAGUAAUGUUUUUUCUCCACAGCUGCCCCGAGAAUUCUGAAGUACUGGGCCUUUUUCAGAAGACUGUAAUGUACCUGACGUUUCUGAAAUAUUGCAAAGUUCAGGCUGGUGCGGUCAAAAAGAAAAGUGAUAUAGAGUUUAUUUUUAAGAAUCCAAUAGUGAUUUGUAUACUUGUUUAUUUUUUCAUUUUAAACCAAAUGCAUGUAUAAUCAUGUUGGAAUGUGUUAAGAACUAUGGAGAUUCUGUAGCAAGAGAAAAUAUCUUUGCCUUAACUCCACUGCCGUGGUUGUUCCUUCGACCUGACCAAUGCUCAUACAGUGAUCUCAAGAGCUCUGUCUGAUUUGUAAUAGUAACUGCUUCUCAUGAACACUACCCAAGGAUCGGAAGCCUGCCCCUGGGAAGUGUGCAGUGUGAACUCUGCCCUCCUGUUAAGUUCUCCAGCUCCAGACAUGGCUCUUGGUGUGUGUGUUAUCCACUGUUGUUCUGUAUGGUAGAAUUACCAAAAGCUAUCCAGAUUUCUUUCUUAAUAAAGGGCAAGUCAACCAA